AUGGAAUCCCCGCCUGACUGGCCCCCAGCGCUUGAUGCCCUGCGCCCUUCGCCCUUUCCUAACUCCAUCCUGCAUGCCCUGCACGGCCUGGGCCGCAUGCUGCUCUUCCCAGCUUACUGGGCUCUGGACCAGCUACUGGGCUACUGGGCGCCGACGGCACGCGUGGGCAUCCUGGGGAGGCUGAGCGCUGUGGUGUGUGCUGGAGCGGCGCUGCUACUGCUGCUGGCCUGUCUGCCCCUGGCGCUGCCGGGUCUACUACUCUGGCUGUUGCUGCAGGCCUGGCGCCGCCCCUUCUGCUACCAGCCCCCUCCACAGUCCUGGGCGCCACCCCAACCCUGGCGCCCGCGCCUUGAACCUAAGCGCUGCUUCGGCUUCCUCAGCGCCAACCUGUGCCUGCUGCCUGAUGGACUGGCACGCUUUAGCAACCUGCCGCACACCCAACAGCGGGCCCAGGCUGUGGGCACCACGCUGCUCGCCGGCCUGCGGCCCUCUCGCUAUGGAGCCACUGACUGCAGCCCGUCGCAAGCCCGGGGGCCGCGCGGGGUGCUAGCGGCCACAUUGCCCACGGGCCUGGACUUCGUGUGCUUGCAAGAGGUAUUCGACCUGCGCGCAGCGCACCACCUUGUCCGCCGCCUGGCGCCUAACCUGGGCCCAGUGUUGUACGAUGUGGGCACGAUGGGCCUGCAGCCCGGGAUGCACCUCAAACUGCUGGGCAGCGGGCUGCUCCUGGCUUCGCGUUUCCCUUUGCUACACGCAGGCUUCCACUCCUUCCCCAAUGGGCGCCGGGAGGACGCCCUAGCCUCCAAAGGACUGCUGUCAGCACAGGCACAGCUGGGUAUCCUGGAUGGGCGCCGCAUUGUGGGCUUCCUGCACUGCACACACCUGCAUGCGCCCAGAGACGAUGGAGCAGUGCGCAGCGAGCAGCUAACGCUGCUGCUGGACUGGGCUGAGCAAUUUGAGGCCGAGAGUCGGCAGAGUGGCGAUGUGGUGGCUUUCAGCGUACUCCUGGGAGACCUGAAUUUUGACAACUGCUCCCAAGGAGACAGCUGUGAACAGAAGCAUCGGCUCUUCAACUGCUUCCAGGACCCCUGCCGGCUGGGUGUACGCCACGAACAGCCCUGGGCCCUGGGGACACUGUUAAGCCCUCCUCUGCUCCACCACUCAGAAGCCAGCUCCCCAGAAAUGCUGUGCAGGGCCCUGGAACAACAGGAAGGGCGGCGCCUGUAUCUGGCCGGUACUCCUAGCCACCAUCACUCUACAAAGGCCUGGCAAGGCCGCCGCCUGGACUACAUCCUGUACCGGGGAAUGCCUGGGGCCCCCCUCAUCCCGGAAGUGGAACAGGUGACCUUCAGCACCGCCCUGGCAGGGCUCACGGACCACCUAGCGGUGGGCCUAAGGCUCCGCGUGUCGGCGCCUUCGUGA